AUGUCGGGCGACGACGAAGACGCGCCGCAGCCCGAGUCGAAGUCAGCCCAAAAGUCGAAAGCGGACCGUCGAUCGGCGUCCCCCGCCGCACCCUCACCGAAACGCGCGCGCAAAGACGAGCAGGAGCACGAACCGCCCGCGCUCCCGGCGUACACCCUGCCAUUACCAGCGGGGGAGCUGGAGGGGAUGUUGAUCGAGACCCUCGCGACCGCACGCGCGUCGUCGCUCGCGACGUCGGCGCUGUACGGCGUGCUCAUGGCCUCGCGGCCGGCACUGCGCGAGAUGGCGCUGCCCGCGGACGCGGACGCGGCGAGUAAGCGCGCGUGGGUGCCUGCGAUCGAGGGGAUCCUCGAGGCGGGCUGGCGGCGCUGCGGCGUGUUCGGGAAGGUCGUGAACAGCGGCACGGACAUGGGGAACCAGGAGCUGGCGCUGGAGGCGCGGUGGUUCUACGACCCGGAGCGGGACGAGGACGGGGAGCGGGCGGGGCUGGUGCGGAGCAUGAUGCGGCGGCCGGGGAAGCGGAGCGAGACGAAGAAGGCGAAGCAGUACUAUUGGCGGCCGUUGCCCAAGAUCUCGCGCUGGGAUCCGGAGGAUGAUUUGUGA